AGACAGAGAUAGAAGAGAAAAGUAGUAGGAAUCUGCAACAAAUAGUCAUGGCUGCGCUUGGGGACCAAUCAGAAGCUCCUCCUCCUCCUCCUGACCAGCAAGCCAUGGCUUCCCAGAACAAACCCAUUUCUAACAUCGUCAUCAUCAUUGCUAUGCAGACGGAGGCACUUCCCAUCGUCAACAGAUUCCAGCUCACCGAGGAACCUAAUUCUCCGUUUCCACAAGGAGUUCCCUGGGUCCGUUAUCGUGGGACAUACAAAAAUCUCAAUUUAAGCUUGAUCUGGCCUGGAAAAGAUCCUGUUUUAGGAGUUGAUAGCGUAGGCACAAUAUCAUCUGCUCUUGUAACAUAUGCCGCUAUACAAACGUUACAACCAGACCUGAUCAUCAAUGCAGGAACUGCUGGUGGCUUUAAGGCCAAAGGAGCUAGUAUUGGUGAUGUGUUCAUUGUAUCAGAUUGUGCCUUUCACGACAGAAGAAUACCCAUACCCGUUUUUGAUCUGUACGGUGUUGGUUUACGUAAAGCUUUUGAAGCACCCAACCUUGUAAAGGAGCUUAAUCUAAAGGUGGCUAAAUUGUCAACUGGUGACUCUUUAGAUAUGUCACCACAGGAUGAAUCAUCCAUCAUUGCAAAUGAUGCCACACUUAAAGAUAUGGAGGGAGCAGCUAUUGCUUAUGUUGCUGAACUUCUGAAAGUUCCUGCAGUUUUUGUAAAAGCCGUGACUGAUAUCAUUGAUGGUGACAAACCAACUGCAGAAGAAUUCCUGCAAAAUUUAGCAGCUGUAACUGCUAAACUUGACCUGGCAGUUGAAAAGGUUAUCAAUUUUAUUAAUGGAAAGAGCAUAGCUGAACUUUGACAACCCAAUUUCAGAUUGAGUUUUGCUAUAAGCAAUGUUGCUCGGUGGGCUCCAAUUGUACACUACCAUCAUUGAUUGGGAAUUUGUGAGAUUUAAGAAAAAAAAUACAAACUUAUAAAUUGAAGACAUUGCUGCCCCCACCACUUUCCUCUCUUUUGUGCCUGUUCUGUUCUGACCUUGCAGGCUGUCUAAGUUGUCUGGCAAAGAUUGUGGCAAUCAUUGUAAACAUGUACAAUGAUAUAUACUUCUAAGUGAACCACUUAAAGGAAUAUGUUUGAGUAUUGUCUCAAAUUUUCCAUGAUGAUGAAAUGUAUGAGUAGCUUGAUGUUAAUAAUGAAGUUUCCUAUUGUAUGGUUGCCCUCA